GAGUUCUUGUGCAACGUGUAUAUGUGUCCGUCCCGGGCCCUUCAUCACGAUUUAUUCAUUUCAUUAAACAAACAAACAACAAAUAAAUCAAAGAAGAAGAGGAGACCCAGCUUGGUUCGCGCUCCUCCCGACUCGGAACCGAACCGCAUUCGGAUCUCCGGACCCGGGACGGUCCCGUGUCAGUUCCCUGCGAGAAAGUGGAAUAAUCACGUUCGUGGGGACUGGGUCUGACGAGAAGGUAAAAACGGACCGGAGCUUGCUGUGGACAUGGCCGAACCCAAGACGACGAGCCCGACCCCGGGAGACAUGUACAAAGGCUGGCUCUUCAAAUGGACCAACUACAUCAAGGGUUACCAGCGGCGCUGGUUCGUGUUGAGCAACGGGCUCCUGUCAUAUUACAGGACCCAGGCAGAAAUGGGGCACACGUGUCGAGGAACGAUAAACCUGGCCACGGCGAACAUCACAGUGGAGGACUCCUGCAACUUCGUCAUCUCCAAUGGGGGCGCCCAGACCUACCACCUGAAAGCCAGCUCCGAGGUGGAGCGGCAGCGCUGGAUCACAGCCCUGGAGCUCGCCAAGGCGAAGGCAGUCAAGAUGCAGGCUGAGUCAGAUGACUCUGGCGACGAGGCUCCCGUCUCCUCCCAGGGGGACAAGUCGGAGUUUCAGUCCAUGCUGCGGACGCUCACCUGCAAGGUGGAGGACCUGAGCACCUGCCACGACCUGAUCGGGAAGCAUGGCGCCGCCCUGCAGCGCUCCCUGAGCGAGCUGGAGAGCCUGAAGCUGCCCCCGGAGAGCGGGGACAAGAUCAGGCAGGUCAACGAGAGAGCCACGCUGUUCCGGAUCACCUCCAACGCCAUGAUCAACGCGUGCCGGGACUUCCUGUCUCUGGCUCAGACUCACAGUAAGAAGUGGCAGAAGUCGUUCCAGUAUGAGAGGGAGCAGCGGAUUCGACUGGAGGAGACGCUGGAGCAGCUGGCCAAGCAGCACAACAACCUGGAGAGGGCAUUCCGGGGAGCCACUGUGCUGCCUGCAAGCAGCCCUGGCAGCGCCAGCUCCUCCAAGGGGAGCGGUGGCGGGCAUGGCAAAGGAGAUUUGAGUGACGAUGAUGAGAACGAGUUCUUUGACGCGAUCGAGGAUGCUCCCGAAUUCAUCACAGUGCCGGCAGACCCCAAAUACCACAAGCGCACCGGCAGCAAUGUCAGCGGCAUCAGUAGCGAAAUGGGGCUGGAAGAUCAUCUGCGUGAGGAGCAGCAGCAGCAGCAGGCGGCGGCCAAUCAGGAGUCAGCGUCGAAGGAACUCGUCCCGAGGAAGAAACGGCGCACGCGAAUCCCGGACAAGCCCAACUACAGCCUGAACCUGUGGAGCAUCAUGAAGAACUGCAUCGGGAAAGAGCUGUCCAAGAUUCCCAUGCCCGUCAAUUUCAACGAACCCAUCUCCAUGCUGCAACGCCUCACUGAAGACCUGGAGUACUCAGAGCUCCUGGACCGGGCUGCCAAGUGCGAGAGCUCCCUGGAGCAGCUGUGCUACGUUGCUGCCUUCACUGUCUCCUCGUACUCCACCACUGUCUUCCGCACAGGCAAACCCUUCAACCCCCUGCUGGGAGAGACCUUCGAGCUGGACCGCCUGGAGGAGAGCGGCUACCGGUCCCUGUGCGAGCAGGUCAGCCACCACCCGCCCGCGGCCGCCCACCACGCGGAGUCGAAGCGAGGCUGGACCCUGCGGCAGGAGAUAGCCAUCGCCAGCAAGUUCCGUGGGAAAUACCUGUCAAUCAUGCCGCUGGGUACCAUACACUGCCUGUUUGCAAACAGCGGCAACCAUUACACCUGGAAAAAAGUGACCACCACAGUCCACAACAUCAUAGUGGGCAAGCUGUGGAUAGACCAGUCUGGAGAAAUUGAUAUCGUCAACCAUAAUACUGGGGAUAAGUGCCACUUGAAAUUCGCUCCUUACAGCUACUUCUCAAGAGACGUAGCCAGAAAGGUGACGGGAGUGGUGACGGACUCCAGCGGGAAAGCUCACUUCAUCCUGUCAGGGACCUGGGAUGAAAAGAUGGAUUUUUCCCGGGUCAUGCAGAGCACCAGGGGCGAGAACGGGGCGGAGGGCAGGCAGAAGACUGUCUACCAGACCCUGAGAGCCAAGGACCUGUGGAGGAGGAACCCGCUGCCGGAGAACGCUGAGAACAUGUACUAUUUCUCCAACCUGGCGCUGUCACUCAACGAGGAAGAGGAGGGCGUGGCUCCAACUGACAGCAGGCUCCGCCCAGACCAGCGCUUGAUGGAGAACGGCCGCUGGGACGAGGCCAACUCGGAGAAGCAGCGCCUGGAGGAGAAGCAGCGAGCUGUGAGGCGCAAGAGGGAGUCCGAGGCCGUCAAACCAGAGGAAGAUGGGCACACGUGGACACCUACAAGGCACUGUGGUUCGAGAGGAAAGAGGACCCCGUCACGAGAGAGAUCACAAAUGUCUACCGCGGGGGCUACUGGGAAGCCAAAGAGAGUCAGGACUGGUCAGCCUGCCCUGAUGUGUUCAGCACCUCAUAGAAACUUUCUGGAGAGAGAGAGAGGGGAGGGAGGGAGAGAGAGAAAGAGAGAGAGAGAGAGAGAGAGAGAGAGAGAGAGAGAGAGAGAGAGAGAGAGGGGACAGUGCUGCACAGAAUUAUCUGAAGGGGUGGGAGAGAGGUAGUUAUUACUGAAAAUAUCCACUUUACUGGCCCUACUCAACACAGUUCUACACUACAAAAUAAAAAUUCUUAGGCACUAAUAUAUAUAAAAUAUAUCUAAAUGUUUUUUUCCCAGCGAAACGCUGCGAAGGAGAGUUUGAUGGCAGGAUUACUGAGAAUUUACCAUCUCCCCGGGAAUUUCAUUGAAUCUCAACUAUGGUGUUUUGUCCCUCUUCUUUUUAACAUUUACAAGAAAAAAAAUAACAAAAUCUAUCAGAAAAGUAAGAGUUCUGUUCUCGCAAGCUGGAAGAAGCGCUGCCCAUCUUUAAAAUCCAUUCUCUCACCUCUUAUUAGCUUUAUUAACAGGAUCACUGCCCCCUCCCUUUAC